CAACUAUGUCGGCCAGCCUGGAAAACACACUGGAAGCUCCCCAAAUUGUGCAGAUCAAAAGAAGCUCCCAGAAUCAACCCUACCCACCCCCAGUCAUCGACAUCAAGGCUGCCGAAGACUGUUCCGUUGUUGACCGUUAUGGAAGGAAAAUAUCAUUCCCAAGUUUGUAUAAGAAGAGGAAAGCUAUCUUGAUUUUUGUCAGGCAUUUUCUGUGUUAUACCUGCAAAGAGUAUGUGGAGGACUUAGCAAAAAUUCCACAGAAAUAUCUGGAGGAUGCUGGUGUCAGACUAAUAGUCAUUGGACAAUCCAUCCAUGACCACAUACAGGGUUUUUGUGCACUAGCUGGAUACACUCAUGAAAUUUACACUGAUCCAACCAGAAAUGUUUAUAAAAGUUUACAAAUGAAACAGGGAGAAACAUUCCAUCAAGCAGUCAGGAGUCCCCACAUUAAAUCAAGUACAUUGACUGGAAUCUUUAAGAGUAUGUGGAACGCAAUGAAGAGCCCAGUAUUUGAUUUUCAGGGUGAUCCAGGACAGCAAGGUGGAGCUUUGAUCAUAGGACCAGGAGGUAAGCUUCACUUUGGACAUCUUGAUUUAAACAGGUUCGAUCAUGCGCCCAUCAACUUAUUGCUGCAGCUGGCAGGAGUUAAAACUGUGGAUUUUUCCAAUAAGCCUGAGGUCAUUGACAUCUGAAACAAUAUUAAUACAAAGGGAAAAAUGAACACAAUUCUAUUCAACACAUGCUUAUAGCUUUUCAAAUAACUUUAGCUCCCAUAUUUUUAUUAGAAGAAAUUAAGUCCAUCAACAAUAUUAAUCAUAUUCUAAGAGAAACACAUUGAUUAAAUAUCUCAACUUAUUAAACAUUAUCUGUGUAGACUUUGGAUAUUUAUGUUUUUCUCGCAUAAAGUAUAAAUCCAUGAUUGAGGAUUAGAAUCAUAGAGUCGUACAUCUGGAAGCAGGAUCUUCAGCCUAAUGGUCCGUGCCAGUGAUCAAGUAUCCCUAUUGUACCAAUCCUACUUUAUAGCACCUACUUUCCCGUUAAUUUUGUUUGGAUUCUAAAACUCACGUACACACUAGUGGUGAUGUACAGUAGUCAAUUGACUCACCAGCGUGCACAGAAUCCUGGUGUCUGGAGUUGUGCAGGCAGCAUGUCUACCAUUUGCUGCCAUUCUGCUCCUCUUGUACCCAAGACAUGUACGGCCACUGAAGGCCAGAGAGGGGAAUAGAAGAUGAGGGAAGGCAGCGGGGAAUUUUUUAUUUUGCUAGAAGGGGAAAUCGAUAUUCAUGCCAUCUGGUUGGAGGCUGCCCCGAUGGAAUAUCAAGUGUUGCUCCUCCACCCUGAGGGUGGCCUCACCUUGGCACAAGAGGAGGCCCAUGGACCAACGUGUCGGAAUGGGAAUUAACACGUUUGGGCCAGCAGGAAGACCAAAGUAGAGGAGGCCGCAUCCGGAGCACCGGACAUAAUAGACGGCCCCAGCAGUUUUGUAGGUGAGUUUUUGUAGUUUUGUAGGCAGCUUUUGUAGCUGCCUUGGGGAACCACUUUGUCGAGGUCCACCACUCCAUCUACCAAAGGCAGAGCUUCCCAGCGGCCAAACGUUUUAAUUUCAAUUCCUAUUCCCCUUCCAAACCAGUUUGAACAACAUAUAAAUGUGGGCUGAAGGGCCUGUGAUGUGCUGUAGAUUUUUAAAUUACUGCCUAAAUUAUUGCCAAGUGAUACUAAUUCGCACCUUCAUCCCCCCCCCCACACCCCCAAUUUUUUUCCAGUGGUUCCCAUCAUCACCUUACUUACGUUUCAGAUUCCAACAUUGAUGGCCUUUGUGUUCUUGCUUAUCACCAUCCAACCAUCAUCUCCGCCUUCAUUUCACCCAGAUCCAUCUGCCUCUAUCUAUUAUCCACCUGCCUCUGUUUCCUAACUCCACUCUUCCUCUCCCCUAUCUGGCUCAAUCUUCACCCAUCCCUUCAGUCCAGCAAUCAUCUCCGGCCCUUCUCUCAUGACUGCCCAUCUCCCCUUUCCAUUCCCAAACCAGGGUUUUGGUCCAAAACAUUGACAAUUCUUUCCCCACAGAUGCUGUUUAACCUGCUAAGUUCCUUCAGUGGAUUAGUUGUUGCACUGGAUUUAGGUUAGUUUGUUGAUUGCAUACCCUUCUAUAUUUUUCCAUCCUCCAAAAGUCUUGUGGUCUAAUUGUGAGUAAAGAAUCACUUUGUUAGAGAUUUCAACAUACAUAGGUCAAGAAACACACUAUGUGACAACGGUCCGAUAUCCCAGUGCGUUAUGAGUCCCAUUAGCUUGUCAUUUAUUAUGCCUGCACAUUCGAGUUUCACAGAAAAAAAACGUAAAUUUCAGAAAUGUGGUAAACAUCUUGUUUGUAAUGUUUCCAAUAUAUGAAAGUCAGAGAAUUAA